CCAUUUACAACGCUUCGAUCGACCAAUAAGAAAGCGGCGCUAUAUCGCUGGGAUUGUACGUACUAAACCAAUCCUUAUUCCUUCGCUCCCUACUUAGUCCCCACCAGGCUAAACUCUUCAGCAACGUUUAUACCAGUUAUUAACUCACGAGAUUUGUAAGUGGCAGCAACAUCGACGUUUUUACACCCUUGAUUAUCGUUUUAAAACUUGAUAAAAAAAAACUCUUCGAACUGUCAAUUCCCAGUGUUAAGUGUUAUCUGUUUAUUAUUUUGAUUAAUUUCUUGAUGGUGUAUUGUGACUUUCUUUGUUGCUUUCCGACGGACCGCGGGUACUGAUAAUAGUGUUAAAAACAGUGAUGAUGGUGUUGAGAAAAAGUUGUAGCUUGAGCAUACGGAAUAUCAAAUGCUAGCGCUACAGAAUUUGCCUCGUUUGACGUUUUUAAACACAACCAUGAUGCCUCUGGCACCUACACCAAUAGUGGCAGUGCCUUCGAAGCCUAAAAUAGGUUUUUCCAUAGACUCAAUCGUCGGCGGUGCUCACCAAGCUAGUCCACAACAUUCGCCGCUACAUUACUCGGAAAGUUCGGCACCACUUUCGCCUAGUAGUGACGCGGAUAAUAGACUGAACGGCUCUCCGAAACAGUAUACUAGUUCUCCCCAAAGAUCACCCGUUAGUUCUCCAAAGCCACCGAUUAUGGUUCCUGGAAUACCAGCGCAUACGUUGGUGCGGCCGAAUCCUACCUACGAAAAUAUGGUAGCGAAAAAUGCUUUCCUUCAGCCUGAGAUGAUGCAUAAUCAUGGACAACAUCCGUUUGCGCUGGCGGCUCAGUUUCAAGGAGCUGCUUUGGCCGCCGCGCUUACCGGUUCUCAUCAUGGGUUUCCUGGUCAUCCGUCGCAAAUGGCGCAACAGGCUCAGCCUAGAGACAGUUAUCCUUUGUAUCCUUGGUUGUUAUCGAGGCACGGGAGAAUAUUUCCGCACAGGUUUCCUGGAGGUCCAGAUAUUCCUGGAUUCCUCCUUCAACCUUUUAGAAAACCAAAGAGGAUAAGGACGGCGUUCAGUCCUUCGCAGUUAUUAAAAUUAGAGCACGCUUUCGAAAAAAACCAUUACGUCGUUGGCGCCGAACGAAAGCAAUUGGCGCAGUCGUUGUCGUUAACGGAAACUCAGGUGAAAGUCUGGUUCCAGAACAGGCGGACAAAGCACAAACGAAUGCAGCAGGAAGAAGAAGCCAAAACCAAUACCGGUCAAAAAUCCGGAUCUCCUAAUUCCCAAAACAGUUCCCAAAUCAAUAAAUGGAAAGAAGAAACGUCGGACGAAUACGGCGAGUAUAUAGAUAUGGACAUGGAGGACGAUUGUAUAAGUGAUGUAGAGAGUGAAACCUAAGUUAUUUUUAGACAACUAUUGAUUAAAUUACCAAACAACUAUGUAUUUAUUUUCUAGAUAUAUCCAUUUUUAAUAACUUUCUAAGGAAUUAUAUAUGUUUUAAAGAAUAUAAGAAGGUUAUGAGAUGUCAGCAUAUACGUAUCUACAUUUUUAAAUGAAUAAUAAUUGUGACCGGACUCUGUCUGGAUUAUCAAAAUAUCCGAAUUUUCGAAAAUAAUCAAAAAAAGAUCGUUUGAAUUCAUAACAAAAAAGAAAACUUAACUUUUAUGUUUAAAUAAUUGAGCAAAUAAGUAAAAUCAUAAACUAAUAUGAAUUUAUUCGAAGAUAAAUAUACAUGUAUGUAUUCACUUCAAC